UUCAAACCCGGCCGCGAACCUAGCUACCAUCAUGGCUGAUGUCGACAUGACCGAUGCGCCCGGUACCGCGAUUGCCAAGAAAACCGCUGAUGGAGAGAGCAAGGUCGCUGAAGGCAAGAAGCGCUUCGAGGUCAAGAAGGUGAGAAGGUUGGCGUUGGCAUGCCUCGCACAAGCUUACCAGGUCCAGUGGAACGCAGUUGCCCUUUGGGCGUGGGAUAUCGUUGUUGACAACUGCGCUAUCUGCAGAAAUCAUAUCAUGGAUCUCUGCAUCGAGUGCCAGGCAAACCAGGCCUCCGCCACCAGUGAAGAGUGUACAGUCGCUUGGGGCAUCUGUAACCACGCAUUCCAUUUCCAUUGCAUCUCGCGUUGGCUCAAAGCUCGGCAAGUCUGUCCGCUGGACAACCGCGACUGGGAGUUCCAGAAAUACGGCCGCUGAAGCGGUGGUGAACCCGGACGGUACGGCAACCGACAGCAGCGCAACAUCAUACCACAAUGGCUGCGGAGCAUUAUCAUACAAACAGUGGUAAUUUCACCAAGGGAGAGUUCUGCACGCAGCUAGCACAAACGGCUGAGAAGGGAUUGGGCUCACAAGGAUGGGCACAAGAGUAGAUACAGAACCAU